AUGGAUAACCACCCUUCCCCCGAUUUCCGCUCGCAGCAGUUCCCUUCGCAUAGCGAGCCACGGGUAUGGCUUAUUACGGCCGGAGAUUCGCCCAUUGGUAUAUCGGUGGCAAGGCAGAUUCUUGCACAUGGUGAUUAUGCGCUACUUGGUCUAGCGCAUUCAGUCUUGGAUCGCGACCAACGCCGCAGGGAUGGUUAUGAUGCCUUUCUGGCCGAGGUGGAGGAGCACCGCGACGAGGGAUGGAAACAGCGACUGAAAUCAAUUCCUUUGGAUAUAAGAAUGAUGGGAGAAUGCCAAUCGGUUUUUGCCGAAGCUGUCACAACUUAUGGUCGUGUCGAUAUGCUCUUGUGCUGUACUAGUCAAGCUCUAAUUGGAACGGUUGAAGAAUUGUCCGCUUCUCCACAUACACUGAACCUAGUCCGCGAUCAAUUCGAGGUCAACUAUUUCGGACCUCUCAAUAUAAUCAAGGCUGCAUUGCCUCACAUGAGGAGAGAGCAUGCAGGCCAUAUUAUGAUAUUGUCUGGAAUUAUGGCACAUAUCGGCACUCCAGGACUUGGGAUGUACUGCGCAGCUGGCUGGGCUCUUGAAGGAUUCUGUGAUAGUUUGGCAUAUGAGAUUGCUCCGUUCAACGUCAAACUCACCAUCCUUCAAUGCAGCAUUGAGAUUGGUAUCCUCACCAACCUAGUCAUCAGUGUCCCUCCAAUCUUCCCUGCCUAUUCCCCUGCAAACAACAGCGCGCCACUUUUCAGGGGUAUCUUAAACCACCUAGUUCCCAGACUUCCAGAAGCUCAAUCAGAGGGAGUCAUUGGUAAUGCCACCUCAUCCAGCUGGCCAACUGAUCAAAAUGAGAACGAAAGAGUCAGUUCCAUCGAGAGCGGGCCUUUCUCUGUUCCAGAAAUUGUCGCGAUGCAUCCUCCUAUAAGCUCCGCACACCUUGAAGUUCUAGUAUCUGAAACAGUCUAUGCUAUUACCUCUAUUGGUGGCCAUGAGAAUCCUCCAUCUCGCCAUAUAGUUGGGCAAGAAGGUGUCGCAAGUGUAAAAGAGAAGUUGAAGACGGUCAGUGAGGAACUGGAAGAUUUUAUCCAAGCUAGUUUUGCUGUUGAUGUGGCAGCUGAUUCGGACCCUCCCCCGAUAAACUAG